AUGUUUGUGUUCCUUGGCGCCCGCUCACUGGCGCAUAUCACUGUGGAUGGCAACCUCCAUUGCUUUGAUCUGAGAUUUGUUGCAAACAUCCCUCAGGUCAUUGAGAAUCCUGCAUUCUGCAACACAAAGCAGUUGACUAUGGAGUCCCUUACGACCCAUCCUUCUACCGCGCAACAGGCAAAGGCAUUCACGUCCCCCGCAUCCUUGUCGUUCCCAGGAGGUGCCGGCGAUCUCACCCCGCCUUCCUCCGAAAAAGACCAAAAUGGGAUGAACAGCGGCCAGGCAAACAGCCAGCAGGGCGCAAACGGUGCCGCUCCUGCGACUCCUGUUGCUACCCCUGGAGCUGGGCCCGGCGUGAGCGGCAUUGUGCCAACGUUGCAAAACAUUGUCGCAACGGUCAAUCUGGACUGUCGCUUGGACUUGAAAACCAUCGCACUGCAUGCGCGAAACGCAGAGUACAAUCCAAAGCGUUUCGCUGCCGUCAUCAUGCGUAUUCGCGAGCCCAAGACCACGGCCCUGAUCUUCGCCUCUGGCAAGAUGGUUGUUACCGGAGCUAAGUCCGAAGAUGACUCAAAACUGGCGUCGAGAAAAUACGCUCGCAUUAUCCAAAAACUCGGCUUCAAUGCCAAAUUCACUGAUUUUAAGAUCCAAAACAUUGUCGGGUCGUGUGACAUCAAGUUCCCUAUCCGUUUGGAAGGUCUUGCAAGUCGUCAUCACAACUUCAGCUCUUACGAGCCAGAACUGUUCCCUGGUCUUAUCUACCGUAUGAUGAAGCCAAAGAUCGUGCUUCUCAUCUUCGUUAGCGGGAAGAUCGUAUUGACUGGCGCAAAAGUUCGAGAAGAAAUCUACCAAGCCUUUGAAAUGAUCUACCCUGUGCUAACUGACUUCCGUAAGGUUUAAUGCUUCCUUUGAGCAUGAAGUGCCCAUACUGUGCUUCUGUCUCAGUGUAUUAACAUAUUUUCUCCUGACAUUGCGAUUGCUUUCCGCGCUAUUCGUUGUCACUCAAGUGAUCCUUGACGGGUGGAGUUAUUCUUUUAAUCCCCCAUCAAUCUUUUCCCUUUUUUUAGCUGUCUUACCUGCAUUUCAUGGCGUUUUAGCGACUUUUUUUUUUUUCCCGCUCCGUGUACUUGCUGGAUUCGGAUUUCCAAAAAAAAGAGAAAAAGCGGCGUAUCUCGUUUCCUUUUUGCCAUCAGCUUGUUUAAAUUAGACAAAUCGCGGGGUCUUCCGCUGGUUUGGGAUGGGUUUUCAUCGGCGUAUACGGGGGAAUGGUGGUAUUUUCUACGAACCUUUUUCUCUUAUUUGCUGACGCAGGAGCUUGUUUGUCGGAAAGCUCUUAAUUCUUAUUUUCAUGAGUUUGCAUUGUGGAGUGGUUUGAUCCCAGCUCUCACUUUGACUCAAGAGGCCUGGAGUGGACAGGAGUUGCAUACACACACGAACUCGCAGAUUACUUCACGUCGUGCAGUGGAAAGAAUGUAUCAUACCUACUAGGUAGUAAUAAAAAUGAAAAAUAUCGAAGG